GGCAGAUAAAGUUCAGAUGAGUUGUAGAAAGUCUGGUUGGAAGUCACAGAGCAGCAGCUCUUGGAGAAUGACUUUGUGGGUCACUUGAGAGCUUGGAUGUGCAGCAGCGAGCCCGGCAACCAACAGCAGCAGCAGCAGCAACAACUGGGGGAGCUGGGGCAGAGCAUGACAGCUGGGUCCCCCCCGACCCUGGCUACUAAAGCGACUGCAGGACCCCCCAUUUGUGAUUUUCAUCACUUCUAACCAUCCAGCAAGCCCUGACAUUAGGGAACUUCAUACCUGAUCCAGGUGUCACAGAAGAAGCAGAGAGGUGCCUAGUGGCUCCUACAGCAGUCCAGAGACCAGUCCAUCCUUUGACAUCUUGGUGCCAUCCUGUGGAGACUCGCCAGUGAAGUUCUUCCCACGACAACAAUGGCCAGCAAAACGCUGCCAGCUCCAGUGCCAAUUCACCCAUCGCUCCAGCUUACCAACUACUCCUUCCUCCAAGCUUUCAAUGGGCUCCCGGUGCCCGCAGACCAUCUCCCCAACCUGUAUGGGUUCAGCGCCCUGCACGCUGUUCAUCUCCACCAAUGGACAUUGGGAUACCCAACUCUGCACCUGCCCAGGUCUUCCUUCUCCAAAUUGCCAGGGUCUGCCAGCCUGAUAGACACCAGGUUCCAGAUCCCAGGCUUUCCCCUGUUUCCCCACAUCAUCCACCCUAAACAUGACUCCACAAACUUUCCUGGCAAAACCAAGCCUAGGUUUGACUUUGCCAACCUAGCAGUUGCAGCCACCCAGGAGGACCCUUGUAAGCUAAACCAGCUAGAUGGGCAGGGGUCUCCUUCAGCUAUGGGAGCGCUCCUCGAUGUCACCAAGCUGACUCCUGAAAAGAAGCCCACACGUGGAAGGUUACCUUCUAAAACCAAGAAAGAAUUUGUGUGUAAAUUCUGUGGAAGACACUUCACAAAGUCCUACAACCUCCUAAUCCACGAGAGAACCCACACAGAUGAAAGACCUUACACAUGCGACAUUUGCCACAAGGCUUUCCGAAGACAGGACCAUCUCAGAGACCACAGGUACAUCCACUCCAAAGAAAAGCCAUUCAAGUGUCAAGAGUGCGGCAAAGGAUUUUGUCAGUCUAGGACUUUGGCAGUUCACAAAACCCUCCACACACAAGUCAAAGAACUGAAACCUUCCAAAAUUAAAUGCUGAACUUAUAUAUGUGCACACACUAAAAAAAACUAAACAAAAAAAAGACUGUUCUGCAAAAACACACAAACUAUUUAAAUCUAUUAUUUUUAUGUGCAAAAAACCGCAAGAGGGCUUUCAACGGAACGCUUCUUCCCGCGUGUAUCCCUGGAGAUUUUCCGGACUGACCUUGCUUUGCUGGGAAUUUAAUUUAAACCAGAGAACGGCGUGAACAAAAAAAAGAAAAGAUGAUGGCACUCGCACAGACUUUAUGCCAAGAGGGGGUGCUCACAUCAUGCCUUAAAAAAAAAAAA